UGUUAACAAGUAGAAAAUACUAAAUAGCGAUUGCUCAAUGUCCAUUAGCCAAUACGUAACAAAUACAAAUUUAUGUGUUUACAAUUUACUGAAAGCUUAAUCAGUGUAAUACGCACCUAUAAAUUAUAAUUAUAAUAUUUUAAAUCAACGAUUGAAACCGGCAAGACCUAGACGUACGAUUUUUUGACCCAUUUCACUGGUAAGAAGAAAACCGAGACUGCUGUAAAUCGCUUGUUCCUGCCAUAAUAUUAAUCGUAAAUCUUUUCAGAUCGUUAGUACGGGUGGUACACAGUGGUCAUGUGUUUGAUACGGGACAACGAUGACAACUGCGAGAGGUUUGUGUAUCCAUUACACAUACUGGACACCAUCGACCUAACAUUAGACGAGAUGGGAGACGAUGAUGACUUCAUAGAAAUCACACAGCGUGGUGAUUUGUGGAACUAUCCGUACAACUUAUUGCCAUCUAGUGAUGAAGAAGAACCGGCAAGAGGUUUCAUAGAUCAUAUUAUGGAAGACAAUAAUGAAGAUAUUCUUUAUGCUAGUUCAAUUACCACUCAUGAUUCAUCAAAUGAAAUAAAUCAAAAUGCAUCUAGUGCUUCAGCAAACAUUAAUAUUUUGGAAACCAACGAUACUGAUCAUUCUAGUGAAGAAAGAGAAUUUGAAUUGAAUAUACCACAAAUAUUGUUAUCGAUGUCAAGAAUAUCAAAUAAUUUGUAUAAUCUAACAUCGGCAUCUCAUGAUUAAUUAGUCUUUUACAUAUGUAUACUAUAACAUUGUUUAAUUUAUUAAGUUUAUUCUACACUUCAUAAAAAAUAUACUUUAGUUCAAUACAAUUAUUAAUUGUUUAAAGGAACA